AUGAAGCUCACACUUAAGACUUUGCAGCAGAAGCAGUUUCAAUUGGACGUCGAGCCUGAAGACAAAGUUAUAGACGUUAAAAGGAAAAUAGAGGAGUCGCAGGGACAUGCAAUUUCAUUACAAAAGUUAAUUUUCUCAGGCAAAAUCUUGGCAGACGAAAAGCCCUUGUCCGAGUAUAAUAUAACCGAAAAAGAUUUCGUGGUCGUUAUGGUCUCAAAGGUAUCCAAGGCACCAUCCGGGUCCACAUCUUCUAGCAAAGCUUCUUCAACUCCAGCAGCAAGUUCCCCACAGG